AUGCGAUCUUUUGUGGCUUGUUUUCGAACUCUUCCACAUAAAUUACAGUCGAAAUUACUAAUCUACCAUCAAGAUGUUGCCAGGGAAUUAAUUAUGACAAAAUACCUAAAUGGUUCCCAAAAUGCUGUUAAUAAAUUAGCGCUCGUCAUCCCACAGUACUUUAUACAGGAGAUUGGCUACAAGCGUUGUGCUCGUUGA